AUAGGCAGUGACGGAGGGAGAGGGGGGGCAGUGGGGGCACUGGGCCCCACUGGAAAUUUCAAAAAAAACUAGGGGUAUUUUAGUAAUUUCACAUUAAUAUUAAAUAAAUAAUUAAAUAAUAUUAUUUUAGUUUCAAUCCUAGUUUCUCCCUCAUUGAUUGCGGUUCUCCCAGAAAUUCGCUCUCUCUCUCCCCGCAAUCAGCAACUCCAACGCCGCCCCUACUCCAACGACGACGCUGCGACGACCCUCACCACCACGGCACCACCGCUGCUCCAUCAACACUGCAGGUUGCACAUCAUACUAAUUUAGAAUAAAUGGAACGCUAUUAUUCGAAAGCAUCUCCCAAGGUAGAUGUUCCAUCUUCAUCAGUGAAUGAACAUCCUCAAAUAUUACCAAAGGAAGUGAGCAUUGGAGUUGAUUCUCCACCUCAAGCAUCAACAAAGGGAAUGAAUAUUGAAAUCGAUUUAGAAAAUCUUCCAAGUGAUCCGGGACUACGACUUGAUAUAAUGAGCUAUCCACCAAAUUUAAUUGAGCAGGUUCGUAGAGCCUAUUUAUUGAAAGGUCCAUGUCAGCCACGGAAUCAUGACUUUCCUCAAAAGAUGGAAGGAAAUCGAAAACGCAAAUUUGUUCCAUUUUGGUUUGAUGAAUUCAAGACUUGGCUAGAAUAUAGCAUUACAAAAGACGCAGUUUUUUGUUUAAACUGUUAUCUCUUUUCAUCGGGGCGUAGUGAAAAGGGACAUGAUGCUUUCGUAUCUGGAGGAUUUAAUUGUUGGCGCAAAAAAGAAAGAUUGAGAUAUCAUGUUGGAGACCAUACUAGUGAGCAUAAUAGAUGUAGAUUGGCAUGUGAAGAUUUGAUGAAUCAAGCCCAACACAUUGAAGUGAAUCUUUCUAGAGUAUCAAAACAAUCUAAGAUUGAUUAUCGUUGUAGAUUGAAUGCUUCGGUUGUUUGUCUUCGCUAUCUUAUUAUGCAAGGUUUAGCUUUUCGAGGAAAUGAUGAGUCGGAAAGAUCCUUAAAUCAAGGGAAUUUUAUUGAGCUUUUGAAAGUUGUUGCUUCUUGCAAUGAAGAUAUAUCUAAUGUUGUAUUGAAAAAUGCUCCUGACAACCUCAAGCUUACAUCUCCUGACAUCCAAAGUGAUAUCAUAAAUGCAGCUGCAGUUGAGACAACAAAAGCUAUCAUUAUGGAUAUUGGAAAUGGCUUUUUCUCUAUUUUAGUUGAUGAGUGUCGGGAUGUAUCUGUCAAGGAGCAAAUGGGUGUUGUUAUACGCUAUGUGGAUAAGAAUGGAUGUGUUAUUGAACGUUUUCUUGGUCUUGUGCAUGUUAGUGAUACAGCUUCAACCUCACUUGAGAUGGGUAUUGAUUCUUUGUUCUCUACUCAUGGUUUAAGUGUUUCCAGUUUGAGAGGUCAGGGAUAUGAUGGUGCAAGCAACAUGAGAGGUGAGUUCAAUGGGUUGAAAAGUUUGAUACUUAAGAGAACUCCUAGUGCUUAUUAUGUUCAUUGUUUUGCUCAUCAACUUCAACUCACAAUUGUUGCUGUUGCUAAAAAACAUACAAGUAUUGGGUCAUUUUUUAAUACUGUCACACGAUUAUGCAAUGUUGUUGGUGGUUCUUGUAAGCGCAGAGAUAUGCUUCGAGAGAAUCAAAGAGAAAAAAUCAUUGAAGGUAUUGCAAAUGGUGAAAUUAAUACGGGAAGAGGAUUAAAUCAAGAGAUGGAAUUGAAGCGGCCCGGGGAUACUCGUUGGAGUUCUCAUUAUGGUACUCUUAUCAACCUAAUGCAUUUAUUUUCUUCUAUUAUUGAUGUUCUUGAGUAUGUUGGGAAGAAUGGAAAUGAUGAUGCACAGAGGGCUGAAGCCAUUGAUUUGUUAGACGUUAUGAAUCGCUUUGAGUUUGUGUUUGUGUUACAUAUUAUGAGGAAAAUCUUGGGAAUCACACAUUAA